AGUCAGUAGCGACCCCAGCAUUUCGCUGGGAAGUCGUCCACCGCCAUCAAAUCUUUCGGAGAAUCGCGGUGCGACCUUUCUUCGCUUUCCUCUCGGUGUUUUCGGCCAUCUCGUCUGGCACACAGCGCCCUUGUCGCUGUCUUUUCUGCUCUACCUGUAGCUGCGUGCGACUGUCAAGAUGCCCCCCAGAGGACGAGGCCGAGGUGGUAGUCGUGGUGGUGGUGGCCACAAGGGUCAGCGGCGCCACUUCACCAACCUGGAGGAACUCGAGAGGGAGAAGGAGAAGGAGGAGAGGAACCGCCAGUGGAGGGCUCAGCGUGGCGAAGGCGACGAGGAAGAGAGUGGCUCAGGCAAGGGCAGCGGCAGCAGCAGCAGCUCGGAGGAAGAGAGCUCGAGUGACGAGGCUGGCGAGGAGGGAAAGGCCGGUGCCGAGGAACAGGCCAAGGCCAAGGGCGUGGAGCACCUGAUUGAGGUACAGAACCCAAAUCGUGUGGAGAAGAAGCCCAAGAAGGUGGCCCAGCUGAAUGAGAUCGAGGAAGAGGCACCACAGCUCUCGCGGCGUGAACGGGAGGAACUGGAGAAACAGCGUGCGAAGCAGCACUAUCAGAAGAUGCAUGCAGCUGGCAAGACGGAGGAGGCCCGUGCUGACCUUGCACGCCUCGCCCUCAUCCGCAAGCAGCGCGAGGAGCAGGCACGGAAAAAGGAAGAGGAGAUUAAAGCGAAAGAGGCGGAGCGGAAGGCCAAGGCAGAAAGCAUCAGCAAAGCGCUAGGAAAGAAGACGUGACCGCAGCCAUGAUCGUUACUCUCAAAACUCACCCUCUUUUUUUAAAGAAUAUCUUCUGCUGUUAUGGAAGACAUUGUGAUGCUUUUUUGCCAUCCUGUCCCUGUAUGUCACUCCCCGGUUUUCUUACUGCGCUUUCGUUGUGAAGGUCUCUUUAAAGUGAGUUUCAGAGUAAACUCUGCACAAGUUUGUUUUGCUGAAAGUGCUCACUGCUCAAAUUAGCAUGAGAUAACUUAAUAUGUCAUUGAAAUCAUGCCGGAUUUCACAUUUCACAUGCAUGAGCCUUGAUUUGGCAUGGCAAUCCUAAAGCCUCAGCUCAUGAUGGGAGCCUUGAACAUAACUGCAUUCAGCAGCAAUGUAUCCUAAACAAGACUGAAUAACAUCACUCAACAUGAGUGAUUCGUCCAUGAGAUUUCAGGGACAAAUUCUGUAAGUUUGCCAACAAUAAAUGAGUGACUCAGCCGUUA